AUGGCUGAAUGUGAUGCUCUAAGGAGAGCUAGACAUAGAAAUUUACUCAAGAUUAUAACAUGUUGUUCGAGUACGGAUUUUCAUGGAAAUCCUUUCAAAGCUCUGGUUUUUGAGUUCAUGGCUAAUGGGAGUCUAGAGAACUGGCUGCACCCGCCUGAAGGUGACUCAUCAAAUGAUGAUCAACUACAUGAGAGGAAUUUGGACUUAGAGAGAAGAUUGAACAUUGCAGUUGAUGUUGCUUCUACGUUAAAUUAUCCUCACCAUGAUUGUGAAUCACCCAUUGUGCAUUGUGAUGUGAAACCAAGCAAUGUCCUUCUUGAUGACGAUUUAACUGCCCAUGUGGUUUGGCUUGGCUAA